GCACUCAAGCGUAUGUGCAUCUUGCGUGUUUAAGAAGAUGGCAAUGGGCUGUGAUGGCAUCUCGGCAUCCAGGAACCAACUACACUCCGGCGCUCGUAUGUUCCGUCUGCACACAACGCUUCUCGGUAGCGCCUCCCCGUUUAUCAGUAGGUCUCAGACUGCUUCGCCUGAUCGAGUUCUACUCGCGCGAACUCACAGGCUUCUUCGUCUUCCUGAUUACCUGCUACGUCUUGUUGGUGUUUCACAUGGAGUUCGCCUCACUCAUUUUUCAGCUCCACUCUCUACUCCACACCAUUUCCAGAACUCUCUGGCGUGAAGGCGCAUCCGUUUCCGUACAUCCUGGAAUGCUUUUGGUUGCCUCUCCCUCCAUGCCAAUGGCAGCCUCCAUCUUUUAUCAAUCAGUGGAUGAGAAGCCAGAUGGCCCAUACCCAGGUCUGCCCAUGCCCCCUUCCCCACCCAUCCCUACGUCCAUCCCAUAUCCCAUCCCUCCACCCAUGCCACCCAUGGGGCCUGCUCUACCCCCUCCCUCAAAACUGCCCUGCCCAGAAUAA